GUGCUUAAAAGCCACGCGUGCAGCAGCAGGAAACCGUACGGUCCUGGGCAGAUAACUAUUCGGCGCCGUGGCGGACGCGGGGCGCGCGCCCUGCGGCUCAGCUCGGUCCGGGCCAUGGAGGCGCCCACAGCCCGCCCGCUGCCGCGGCUGCAGCUGUUGCUCGCGGCCUGCGCCCCGGCGCCGGGCUGCGCCUCCUCCGACGCGCCUCCGCUGGUCAACAAGGAUGUGAAGCGCACGGGGGACCUGAGCAGCCACCUGGCCGAGGUGACGGCCGAGGUGGUCCUGGCGCGCGCGGGCGGCGGCUCCUCGCCCCGCGCCGCCUCCUUCCUGCUCUCGCUGGAGCCCGAGCUGGAGGCCCGGCUCGAGCACCUCUGCGUGCAGGUGAAGGGAGAGGAUGAGGAAGAGAACAAUCUGGAAGUAAGAGAAACCAAAAUUAAGGGUAAAAGCGGGAGAUUCUCCACAGUCAAGCUCCCAGUGGCUCUUGAUCCUGGGGCCAAGGUCUGUCAUCGUGGAAGCCGUUUAUACCCACGUGCUUCAGCCGCACCCACCCAGAUCCCCCAGUCGGAGAAACAGUUCGUGGUGUUUGAGGGGAGCCAUUACUUCUCUCCCUACCCAACCAAGACACAGACCACGCCUAUGAAGCUCGCCUCCCAGAAUGUAGAGAGCUACACCAAAUUGGGGAACCCCACACUUCCUGACGACCUCCUGGAUUACGGACCCUUCCGCGACGUCCCCGCCUACAGUCAGGACACGUUCAAAGUCUCCCACUGGGGCAGCAUCGCCGCGGAGGAGAACGUGGACCUGAAGAGCACGGGCGCCAUGCUGAAGGGGCCUUUCUCGCGCUAUGAUUGCCAGAGGUAG